AUCCCAUCCCGUUGAACACUUUGUCCGACAGUUGCAAUUUACAGCUCCGCCCUCUUCUGUCUCUCUCGCUCUCUCUCCCUCUGUUCUCUUCCGGCAAAUCGUCCGAGUCUCCUCUUCGCCGGAACAGCGACCGCGAGAAACGCCCAUGAUUUCCACGGAGAGGAGCCCGUUCGGGCCUUCGGGGCAGAACCCCCGAUCGCCCUCGGAGAAUCCGUUUCUCACCAUCUCCGUUACGGAUCCCGUCAAGCUGGGAAACAGCGUUCAAUCCUACAUCUCCUAUCGCGUCAUCACCAAGACUAAUCUACCUGAAUUUGAAGACUCAGAGAAAAUUGUUAUUCGCCGUUACAGUGAUUUCGAGUGGUUACAUGAUAGGCUUGCUGAGAAGUACAAAGGCUUUUUUAUUCCCCCUCUUCCUGAGAAGAGCACUGUAGAGAAAUUCCGCUUUAGUGCUGAGUUCAUUGAGACGAGGCGUCAAGCUUUGGACAUGUUUAUUAAUCGAGUAGCUUCACACCCUGAGCUUAGGAAAAGUGAGGAUUUGAAGAUCUUUCUGCAAGAAGAUGAAGAGAAAAUGGAGAGGAUAAGAACUCUUGAGAUUGGCUAUUUCAAGAAGAAACCUGCUGAUUUGAUACAAAUAUUUAAGGAUGUAGGAUCAAAGGUGAGUGAUGUAGUUUUGGGGAAGGAAAAGCCCAUGGAAGAAUCUACUCCUGAAUAUGAGAAGCUUAAGCAUUACAUCUUUGAACUUGAAGAUCAUCUGGCUGAGGCACAAAAACAGGCUUUUCGCCUUGUGAAGAGGCACCGAGAGCUUGGACAAUCUUUAUCCGACUUUGGGAAGGCAAUUAAGCUAUUGGGUUCUUGCGAAGGUGAUUCCCUUGGAAAAGUGUUUUCUGAGCUUGGUUCUAAGUCAGAGUUGUUAUCAAUCAAACUACAAAAGGAGGCUCACAACCUUUUGAUGAACUUCGAAGAACCAUUAAAAGAUUAUGUACGAGCUGUGCAGUCCAUCAAGGCUACUAUGGCAGAUAGAGCCAAUGCUUUCAGACAGCAAUGCGAGUUGGCUGAGACAGUCAAGCUGAAGAUGAUUAAUAUCGAAAAAUUAGCUCUUAUGCAUUCUGAAAAGCAUGGAGAAGCAGAAAUGGAAUACAAGGAGUUGAAAGCCGAGAGUGAGGAGGCAACUAGGAGAUUUGAGAAUAUAGUUAAAUUGAUGAAUGAGGAGCUAGUUCGUUUCCAAGAACAAAAAACUGCAGAUAUGGGCCUCGCGUUCCAUGAAUUUGCAAAGGGGCAAGCGAAGCUUGCUAAUGAUAUAGCUGACGCGUGGCGAAACAUCCUGCCAAAGCUGGAAGCUUGUUCUUCUUCAUCAUAGUGUUGUAAACUAUCAAACAAUAGUGGUUCUUUCUUGUUAUACUACUGCAGGAUUUUGAAAACUUUGUUCAUUGUUAUUUGUGUAUACUCAAGAAUGCUUUUGUUGACUGUGUUACCUAGGAAGAGGGGGAAAAAAUAAUAAUAAAAAAAGGUAACCCACAAUUUACUCCUACGUGGUUUGGCACAUUUUAACUAAGUCAUCUCGUGGUUUACAGGAUUGCAGUUAGGUUUCUUAUGAGUUUAUUUUGGUUUUACUUUUAUUUCGGUUUUACUUUUAUCAUAGAGACUUGUGAUUAAAAUAGGUAAUGAAGGGAUACUCUUCGCUAGCCAUACGAUUGUAGAA